AUGACAAGGAAGAGAAACUGGGGUGAAAAGGAAACUGUGGUGCUCAUUAAAGAAUGUAGUGCCAUCAUACAAAAAAAGCUUCCCCAAAAGAUGAAGGACCCUGGGAGCUUCCAAAUUCCCUGCAUUAUAGGGGAUAUCAACAUUGAGAAGGCAUUAUGUGAUUUAGGAGCCAGCAUGAACCUCAUGUCCUUGGCCAUAAUGAAAAGGAUGAGGAUAGAAGAAGCCAAGCCUACAAAAAUGGCUCUUCAAUUGGCAAAUAGGACAUUCAAAUUCCUUAAUAGUGUGGUGGAGGAUUUGUUGGUAAAAAUGGGAGAGUUUAUCUUCCCAGCUGAUUUUGUUGUCCUUGAUAUGGAGGAAGAGGCUAACACAUCAAUCAUCUUGGGAAGACCAUUCUUAGCUACUUCUGGAGCCAUAAUUGAAAAAAAGGGAGUUAGUCUUGAGACUGCAUGA